AGGGUACAACCCCUCAACCGAGCUCAUUUCUGCUAUCACGUUCCCUGCCGGAGUAAGUGCUGGCUGGUUCCGAUGUACUCAGCUGCAACUCGGGGUGUAUUUCAUAACCAAGGCUAACCAUCAUUCCACAUGCGCUGACACGUCUCCAGAUAUUACACACAUCCCGUCGGGCGACGGUGGGAACAUUUACUAGGCUGAGCUUGAGACAUUGCGAGUAACAGACAAGAGAGGCGCAGAGAGGGAAGAUGUUGCUGAAGGAGUACAGGAUAUGCAUGCCCCUCACGGUGGAGGAGGCCUGCACACAUUGACCAGAGCGUCAUCCCUUGCCUCCUUGAAGUUGCGUCAAAGUUUCCUGUCUGUCCAAAGGGAGAGGAAGAAUGGCUUGAAGGAAGGACGGGUGGAAGGGAUGGAUGUACCGGAUUGGGCAGCUGUACAUGAUCAGUAAACACAGCCACGAGCAGAGCGAUCGAGGGGAAGGGGUGGAGGUCGUCCAGAAUGAACCAUAUGAAGACCCGGCGCACGGCCAAGGGCAGUUCACAGAGAAACGAGUCUACCUCAACAGUAAAUUACCCAGCUGGGCUCGAGCAGUGGUUCCAAAAAUCUUCUACGUGACAGAGAAAGCAUGGAACUACUACCCUUACACCAUAACAGAAUACACCUGCUCAUUCCUCCCCAAGUUUUCUAUCCACAUAGAGACAAAAUACGAGGACAACAAAGGAUGCAAUGACAAUAUCUUUGACACCGAGCUGAAGGAGCAGGAGAGGGAGGUGUGUUUCAUUGACAUCGCCUACGAUGAGAUUCCUGAGCGCUACUAUAAAGAGUCUGAGGACUUGCGAUAUUUCAAGUCCGAGAAGACGUCACGGGGGAUUCUUCAGGAGGGCUGGAGGGACACCCAGGACCCUAUCAUGUGCUCUUACAAACUGGUCACAGUCAAGUUUGAGGUGUGGGGUCUGCAGACGCGCGUGGAGCAGUUUGUACACAAGGUGGUUCGGGAUGUGCUGCUGCUAGGACAUAGACAGGCAUUUGCCUGGGUGGAUGAGUGGAUUGACAUGACAAUGGAUGAGGUGAGAGAGUUUGAGCGCACCAUCCAGGAGGCCACCAACCAGAAGAUCGGGAUUUUCCCCCCGUCGAUAUCCAUCAGCAAUAUGCCCCUGUCCUCCUGUGCCCUCACCGGCCCUGCCAGCGCCCCCACCACCCCCAUGUGCACUGAUGCGCCUGAGUCCCUCUCUGUCCCCAAGGACCGACCCCGCAAAAAAUCUGCUCCGGAAACCUUGACCCUUCCUGACCCUGUCCCCAGUGGUGUCCCCCAGGGCUCUACCCUGAGCCCACUACCCGUUUCAAACCACCUCCAAUCAUCCACACCGCCCUCCCCCAACUCUGAUCUUGCUGAGAUGGAUGAGCAGUAGAGAAACCUUGGGAUGUCUUCCUCCACCGCUUGCUUUACUUAUUCCCUCAACCCCACUAUCUUAGUAGCCCAAUGAGACUAGCCUAACCUCCAAACACCAGUGCCCAGAAGUUUCAAGUUUUCUAGCCAUAUCCAAUGAUUUGCCAUUAUCCUGGACACACAACAAUCACUCCAGAAGACUUCAUCACUGUCACUAAUACCAUCACGGCAGCUGUAGGCUCAGCCACCCUUAUGUGACUGACUUCCUCUUCCUGUGAGCAUAGCCAGCCACAUGUCACAUCUAUUAUAACAACCACCCUUGAUGUCUAAUCAAAACAUCAGAGCAUCCAUAAUAAUUUGUUGUUGAGCGGCGGUUAUGUUAUAUGAAUAAAUUAUUUCCUUAGUUAUGUUUUCUUCAAUCAGAGGAGCUGAUUGCUUUCAAGCUUUUGAACUAAUGAAGUACAGUAGUUGCCUUAGCACCACAGAGUCAGUGGUGUUUAUUAGUUUUGACAAUAUGCGCAAAUGAAUAAUUGACGAAUACUGUCCUUUUUUCAGUCUGUAAAAUGACUAUGUAUUAAAUUAGAAGUGAAAUCAAUGACACAAACUAGAGUAGCACAGUAGAUCUAAUAUGUUAGUGUAACACACACAAAAAGACAUCCCAGUACCCUCAUAACCGAACUGGUUAGCAACAGUUUCCUGAGCCAUCCAAACUGGCCUGCGGACCAGAUUACACCCAUCCUUUCCAUCCCAAACUCCAAUUAUACAAAAGAUGCAAGAUCAGUACAAUCAUAGAGUUUACACCUCAGGUCUCCCGGACUCUACCUGGCUCAUACUCCAAAGGCAGGGAUAAUACUAAACCUUUCUCUCCCUGCUUAUUGCCAAACAGUACACAACUAUUGUAUGUACUAUACCAGUCUACUUAUCCCUUGGAAUGUUUACACAUCAGAAACCUUAAGAUGAUGAUACACGGAGCAGCUUUUAGAGAAAUGGUGCUGGGCAAUGUUGCCGUCAGUGGUAAUGAGUACAGUUUACUACUGUAAUAACACCCCUCCCACUCCCCCGUCCGCCACCCCGCCCCGCUGUUCUCCACUCAAAACAUAGUCAGACUUGCCACCAGCAAGAUUGCUCAGCAACAUAGCUCAAAAAGUUGCCCAGUGUAUCAUCAGCUUUAGAGCAUUUGCAUAUUAGUGGUAACGUGGUAGAUUAAGCUGUUGUUAUAUCUGCACUUGCGGUUUAAGCAUGACAGUUUAAUGAUUCUAAAAAUGUAAUUUGUUAAAGUUUAUUACGGCACAUAUCUUACUCAAGUUGACUGAGAAUUCAGUACAACAAAAGAGUAAAAUGUUGCCUGAAACUAAUGCUGGAAAUCUCAUGUGACGUAAACAUGAUCCAAUUUUAUCAAAUCAGUAAAUCACUUUAAUGUCAUAUGUAGGAACAAGGCCAUUUUGAGGAGUUUUUACACAUUGACUGACCUUUGUGCACAGUGGAGGUAAUAGAAACUCAAAACUUGAUUUGAGGAGAGGGGCACGUGUAUCAAGCUGACUUGAGUAUGUGCUUUGUUAGCUGCAUUGCAUUUGCAGAAAUGCUGACAGUGCUUUAUCAGUGCUGGUUGUAAUACUGAGCCAGUGCUUUGGUGGGCUUGAAAAAUUAUUUUGAAAUGGGAACAUAGUUUGCAGUGACCCAUUAUUUGUGGUGGGCUUGUACUGCUGGUUACCAACUAAAACCCUGAAGGAGAAACAAACGCAUAAUUACAGCAAGUUACUAUUUAAACCCCCUUUUUCCACACAAUGAUAUUCAAAGAGGGUUUUAUAUGCUGCAUGGAAUGUUCACAACAUAUAUACAUAUUAUGUAAGUAUAUAUGUAUAUACUGUAAAUGAAUGGUUUGGCAGAGUAUAUUUGGUGAAAGAAAAAUUAAUGCCAACUUUGGAAGCUCUAUACUAAUUUUGUAUAAUAGAAAAAGCAGAUUUUGAGUGAAACAUAAGCAUGCCCAGAGAAUAUAGGCCUUCGAUCUUUCAACUCAGUGCCUCUGCAUGCAACAAUUAUAUCAUCUCCUAUGUGUGUGUAAACCAGAAUCUCUUAUAUUUCUUCUAUAGAAACACAAAAUGUCAUCACAUUUCUUGUUUUCUAUGUCAAAUGUUGCAUUUAACCAAUAAUAAAAAUGGGCUCCAGCCCCUUAAUACAGUAGCAGAACUAAAACAUAAUCGGAUCAAAUCAAUCAUAUCAAAUGACGUCAUCAGACUCUCAAGUAACAGGGCUAACUUGUUGUUAUAUUUUUGAAAAUUAUUAAAUUUUUGUUCCCCCAUUCAUACCAAUUACUUCUAACUUUACAGCGCAAAUGCAUUUUGCACUUUCCAGUCUUUUACAUCUUAUCUGACAAUGAAGAAAUGUGUUACAUUACAGUCUUGGUAAGUUUGCUGGACCAAAGUCCUAUAAUACAGCAUAGUGAUGUCGAGGAGAGAGUCCUCAGUGGUCUUGCCAUAAAGUACUGUUAAUAUUAUGUAUAGGUUUCUCACUUGCUUUUGUUAAAAAAAAACAAAAAACAACUGUAGCUAUUUAUCUGUAACUGUAGCUUUUGUCUUUGCCUUUUGGAGGAUAAAAAUGUUAUAUACCAGUUAUUGGCCCUCCGUAUUGAUCGAUUAUGUAUAGAUUAUACAUACAUACAACUCUGGGAUUGACCAUCUCUCUUGUCAGGAACACAGAGAUCCAGGGUUAUAUUUGAUCUACCAUGGGUUAUUAAAAGUAAUGCAAAAUAUCUAAUUGUGUAACAUUAAACUCUGCUCUGUUUAAAAGAGUAAACUAUUAGGUAUUGUAAAUACUGUUGUUGAUGACUAAUAUAGUAGGUUUCUUACAUUGAAUCUGCUCCAAGUUGCAUUACUGAUGUGACAUGAAUGUUCUCAAAGAUUUCAAAUACAGAGGAUAUUCUUUAGCAUUUGUGCUAAACAGACAUGAAUUAAAGGUUUGUUGCUAGGAGUAAUGUGUCUGUAUCUAUGAGGUCAUUGUCAUCUCUUGAGGAUACUGAAUUCAGUUAGGUUAACUCUUCUCAAUCGAGUAUCAAGAUUCCUCAUUGUAGUGGUGCACUUUUGAUUCUCCAGUUGCUUUUGGUGACCCUGCGGGGCACAAAUAUUUUUACAAGUUGUGAAACAAAAAAAAGCUUUUCUUUUUAGUGGAGUGGCUGCUUUGACGCUUUCUUGCCAUGUUAAUUGAGAGGUGAUUUGCUUUUUCUGUUUCUUUCUUUUUUUGUAGUAAACCGGCUGUACUUUGAUUUUGUGGUUGCUGUAUUGUUUGAAAGCAAAAUCAAGUAGUAGUUUAUCGUUAUUUCUUUGGUUAAAAGGACCAAGCUUUUCACCUACUUGCCCUCCUCCUGAUGCAGUUUGCAUUUGAUCAGGCUGUUGUGCUGUCUCUUGAUAAUUGGUACCUGUCUCACCAACCAGGAUCACUGAGUUAGCUGCAGAACUGAGUAAAGCUAGGAGCAGCUCAGUGUACUUCACUUUGUGUUGGAGAUCAGGUGUGGUUCUGACUUAUCCACCGUUCUACAUUAAUCCUGCUUUGUGAAACAGGCCCCAGAAGUGCCAUUCGUGUUCGGCUGCUGGAAGUCACUCUUAGUUCUUCCACUUUAACUAUUAUUGUAUUUGUCAUAUUUUUACUGCCCUUUGAGGUUAAUUUGGUUCUUUGUUGUAAUUAUUGUUUAACUUUUUCUGAAGUAGACAAAUAAACUUUACUAGCUAUUA